GCACAAGAAAACGGGGAUUUAUGGCAGCUAGAAUUUUCUUGAGAGAAAGACAACUUCUCACAGAAACUGUCAACACUUGUUGAAGUUGAGAAAGAGGCGCCUCAGAGAGCUCAGGAGCGAAGCGUCUGCUACUGGGGUAGUGGGCAUCUCCUCUCUCUUCGAGCCCCACAGAAAAAGUUGAGGAGCUAUGACAACUGCUGCACGGCCAACGUGGGCCCCGGCACAGGGGUCUGAAGAGCAGGGGGGCCGAAGGACGUUUGGCCCAAGCAAGCAGGUUUCGUCGAGGGACUUGCCAGGGCAGCUUACGAACAAAGUUAGGAGAGAAGGCCAAGGCACAGCAGAUGAGGUUCGCAAGAAGGACCUGCGGGCGGAAUUGGAGGAGCGCGAACAGAAGCAUCGGCAGUCUAAGGGGGAGUCGCCGGCCGACCUUGAGCGGAAGCGGAAAGAAGACCUGCUUCUGAUCGGGCCUGGAAACAAAGAAAAGGAAGAGAAACUUGUACCGAAAGCAGUAGACGCGGACGAUGAUGACGAUGAGCCGAGCGAAAGCGAGGACGAAAGUGAUGAGGAAGAGGACGAUACGGCGGAGUUGUUGGCAGAACUAGAGCGGAUCAAAAAAGAGAGGGAAGCGGAGAGGUUGAGGAAAGAGCGUGAGGAGUUGGCGGUGAAUAGUAAGAUGAAGGAGGAGGAUCUGCUGAGGGGGAACCCGUUGCUGGGGCAAGGAGUCAGUUUUGCGGUGAAGCGGCGGUGGGAUGAUGAUGUUGUAUUCAAGAACCAAACGAGGGGGGAGCCCAAGCAGCAGAAGCGGUUCAUCAACGAUACCAUCAGAAACGAUUUCCAUAGGAAGUUCUUGAAUAAGUAUGUCAAGUAAGGAUUGCAUGCCUCAGGUAACCUUUCAGGUAGAAGAAGCCAGGUAUUUGUACAGUAUGCAGGGGGUCAACGCCAAGUGAAAGCAUUGGCUACAGGUCUGGUUGCUUUUGAAGUUGCUGUACAACCAGAUCCAGGGGCAUGUGCGCAGGUUGCAGCGCUUUAACUUGACCAAUUUCUCGGUUCACUAGUAUAUGCCGAACAUAAGAAUCAAGACAAUUCUUGCACGAUCAAGACAUCAUUGCAGCUGCAAUUGAA